CUUUGUGUGUGAAGAAGAAGAGUAGCCCAGGGUGGCUAGCUGGCAGUGGUCUAGGUAUGAUAGUGAACUGACAGUAAUGGUAACUUGGCCGCAGUAGUUAGUGAGUUACCAGAAAGUGUUUGGAAUCUCAAAGGUGUAAUUGUAGAGCACAAAACCUCACCGGGUGGCCUGUGUAGAGUGUGGGCAAAGCCGGAAAACGUUACGGACCCCGAACCUUUGGUAUCUGACAACCGCUGGUUAGCUAGCAUUAGCUGGCUAGCUGGGGAGCUCCCGAAAAGUAACGUCAGGAUUUGUUUCAUAUAGUCAUGUCGGCGGCCGGAGACUUCGGAAACCCCUUAAGAAAAUUUAAGUUGGUCUUUCUCGGGGAGCAGAGUGUGGGAAAGACUUCACUGAUUACCAGGUUCAUGUAUGACAGCUUCGACAACACUUACCAAGCCACAAUAGGAAUAGACUUCCUGUCAAAAACCAUGUACCUUGAAGACAGAACAAUCAGGUUGCAGUUGUGGGACACGGCGGGGCAAGAGCGAUUUCGUAGCCUCAUCCCAAGUUACAUCAGAGACUCUGCCGCUGCUGUUGUAGUGUAUGACAUCACAAACGUCAACUCCUUCCAGCAAACCACUAAAUGGAUUGAUGAUGUGAGAACGGAGAGAGGAAGUGAUGUCAUUAUCAUGUUGGUGGGAAAUAAGACAGACCUUGCUGACAAAAGACAGAUAACCACAGAGGAGGGAGAACAGAGAGCAAAAGAGAUGAAUGUUCUGUUUAUUGAAACAAGUGCAAAGACAGGCUACAAUGUCAAACAGCUUUUCCGUCGGGUGGCAGCUGCUCUUCCUGGCAUGGAUACCACACAGGACAAGAGUAGAGAGGACAUGAUUGACAUUAAGCUGGAGAAGCCACCAGAGCUACCUGCCAGUGAGGGAGGCUGUUCCUGCUAAUGCCCGCUUAUUUCACAGCUAAAUAUUUCUCUUACUGGCUUUUUCUCAAACCCAGUCGGUUUUUCUCUAUCUGAACCCUUCACUGUACCCACGUCUGUUCCCCAGCCUGAAAGAGAACACUAGAUCCAUUAUCCUCGCCGUGGUGGAAUUCUGCUCUCUCUCAUCAGGAUGCUCUAAAUUGAAUAUUUGCACUGUAACACACAUACAUUGAAACAGUAUUCACAGCUGGAGCUCAGGCUUCUUUACUGAGCUUCUGCUGUCUGUCAUUUCAAGCCGACAAAAAAGACGACAGGAGAGUAACGAGGCAUGGCUAGUUUGUGUCUAAGGAUGACUUUUGUACCAAACUGAAAGAAAGAAGAAGAUAUUGAAUCAAAGUAUGUGUUUAAGAGUGAGAAUAUUCUUUAAAAUUUCAAAUAUCUCUUUAAUCUUACCAAGCACAAUGUGGAUGUUUUGUAAAUUUCUUGGUUAACAUAAUGUGUACUGUUGCCAUUGAUUGCCACAAAUUCAUUCAUUAUUUGUCAUCAAAGAGAGUUCUGUUUAUUUUUUUCAUCUGGAAUAAUGCAUGGAAACGUUGUAGUAAAACAGUCGGUACAUCUCAGUGUUGGCAUGCAUACUGUAUACAUCCUCGGUGCAGCUGAAGUUGGACGUGGCAGCCAUGAGCUUAUUUUAAACUGAUUGCGUGAUUUUGCGGUACUUUCACCAGCAGAGUCACAGCUCUCCCCAAUAUGUACCAGCAUGACAUGACGAGUCAUUACACGGUCACACACUACCACAUGGUCUCAGACUGACAUAAGCACAAGACACUUACUACAAGAACAUCACUGUCACUGCACCAUUCACAUUACCGUCCUUUCCUCUCUUCCCACACUUGUCCCUUGAGAUGGGUUAUUUUUUACCUUGGCUUUGAUUUUCUAUCACCUCUUUAUUUGGAUAGAUCUUUAAUUUUUUUCCCCUAAGGACUACAGGUAUCAUAGAUUAAAACUAUUCCAUUGAUAAUAGUGUUUUGAGGAGGAUUUUUCAUAUAAUAAGAGUCAUAAUCAUAAAAUCCAGAUUUAGAUAUCGAGAGCUAUGCCUAUUGGAGUUUGAUUGUAGAGGGCUUCCUUGGCUUUGGGUUUAUUUAGUUAGGUUUGGGAUGAUGUUUUAUGAACACUUUAAAGACUUUUGCUUGUUUUUAUUUUUUGGCAGUGAUCUUUUGUUAGUGAUUAUUCUAAAUGUGUAUUUAAUCCACAAUGACUUGUAAUAUUUAUUUCUAUUGGAUUCAUGUUUCUUUUUUAUGGCUGUUAAUAUCUUCACUUGUGGUAUGAGUUCUGAAUCGCUAAUAAAAUAUGCAUUCAUCUGGACCACCUUUAACAGACUCAGUAGAGAGCAUCUGCUGUUCCUCUACCACCUCUGAAUGGCAAGUGGCUCGUACUGAUAAUACCGUGCAAUUUUUUGUGUGAACUUUUGGAGGAGAGUCCAGUUUGUAUAGUAUAGUAGUCCUUAACGUUUCUGUCUGGAAUGGUUUUAAAUGAAAGAAUAAAAGUACACUGGUCACUGUUGGUGGAAUUCAUUUAUGUCUUAUUGACAGAUUUGGAUUCAAUGAUUUGUAUGCUGUUUUUUCAAUAACUGAAUUAAAAAUCAAAGAUGAAAUACU